ACAAAAAAUCUAUUUGAUAUAGCAAUUGAAGAUCAUAGCGUUAUCAAGAGUUUGUGGAAACGUUUUCAGGAAGAAAAAAGUGACAAUGAACGUCAAAAAAUUGCUAAUACUAUACUUCGCGAGGUCUCAAUUCAUUCUGCAACGGAAGAAAUAAUUGUAUACCCGCUCGUUGAGAAGCAUUUGGCGGAAGGAAAAGACACCGCGGAUCAUAAUCGGAACGAACAUCUUCAGAUUAAAAAGGACCUUUACAAGUUGGACUCGAUGAAAAUUGGCGACGAAGGAUAUAAUGAACUCCUUAAAAAAGUUAUGGAUGAAUUUUAUGAGCACUCCACCAAAGAGGAAACCGAUCUAUUCCCUCAACUCACAAAAGCAAUCGGAAGUGAUGAAUUGCAGAAACUUGCAUCUGAUUUCGAAAAAACUCGUCAUACUGUUCCAACUCGAGCUCACCCAUUUGCUCCCGACAAGCCUCCAAAGGAAACUAUAGUUGGUACGGCAACUGCGCCAAUUGAUAAGGCUCUCGAUGAAACACGUGAAUUUGUCGAGGUCCACCGCAGUGUGUAA